GAAGCAUGGGGCAACAGAGCACACCUCCGGUCGCGAUCAAGGCUGUCGCGCGUCUUCCUAUGGGUCUCCUGGCCUUGAACUCGUCGCAGGUUGCCUCAAUGGCCGCCGAACCGAUGUACCCUUGCUUGCGCGGGUACCUCCGCAAGCGCGGAAAGCUGCACACAGCGUUCAAGCAGCGGUCGUUUGCUCUCGCAGACCGCGUCUUGACGUAUUCGAAGCGCACGCUCUUUGGUAAGGACCAGAUCCGAGGCACGAUUCGUCUGGAUGCAGUCUCGAGCGUGCGACCAGCCACCGAGCGCACGCUGGAGCUCGUGACGCCCACGCGGACGUGGCACCUCCAAGCCGCAACUGACGCCGAGUACGAGGAGUGGGUCCGCGCGAUUUGUCACUCGGUGAGCUUUGACGUCGUCGACCGGUUCUACCGGCGCAUGCUGCAGCUCGCAGAAGUGAGUGACGCCGCGCUCAACGCUGUGCAACUCGUGGUGCUACCCAUGUACACGGUGGGCGAGACGAUCGAACACAUUUUCGAGUGCUACAAGUGCAAGCUCGGCCGUGUGCCGCUGCACCCGUACAAGCUCAAUGACUAUGUCCUUCUCGUUGACGGCCACGACUACUUGGCUGACUGGAGCCAAUACUUGGAUGGCCACCCGCACGUGCGAGCGUGCUGCACAACCAAGAAGACUCUCUGCCUCACAGUCGUUUCUGCGUCCGACGUGCAUGGCGACGUAGGGCCGAGUUGUGUGGGCUGGUUUUAGCAAGGGAUGCGCGCUGGCUUUAAGGCACGUUGUGUAAUGUACAUUGUCC